AUGGACAAAGGCAGUGAUAAGCAAUCAGACUUAAGUGAGACCGCACAAGAAGUCGCUAAGAGCCCUCCUAUUAAGAAUGCGAUGAAGUUAGUACCCAAUAAUAAGGAAAUGAACGGGGAUGGUUUGGAUAAGGGAGGAGAGAAGAAGCUAAAUAAAAAUGCUAACAAAGCUGAAAUUCCCGAUUAUACAGAAUUUUAAUGGAUAUAAGGUAAAAUACAGGAAGAUGUUUAUUGACGAGAACGAUCCUGACGCUGGCAGGAUUCUUAAUGGAGUAGACUUGAAGAUUGACAAUUCCUUCGGAUGCCUCAGUUUGAAUAUUGAGAAGAACGGCAUGUUUAUCAGCGAGAACGAAAAUAAUAUUAUUUUCCCAUCAGGAGAUCAUCUGGCUAAAUGCGAUAUUUUGAGCAAAUAAAACUGAUUUUGUGAUAAGACAGAAAAAUAAAAUGGGAGAGAUACAGGUCAUCACUUCAGGUAUUUCAAAGAAAAGAGAAGUUCUAAUUGGAGUUGGAGAUAAAAUAAUCACCGAAGAUAAUGUACUCCUCAAUGUGUCAAUAUUCUGAUGAGAACGUCAGAAGUGGAUCUACUGUGAGCACAGUGGAAUUCCUGGUUUGAAUGAGGAUUCUAAAAUUAAACAAGUUAUCAUUCCUGACUUCAGUAGAUAUUGUGUCACUCUAGUUGAUACACCAGGCCAAGCCCCAUUUGUAACUUUCUUUAAGCAUGAAAGACAAAAUAUUCACAGAAAGGGAGAAAUUGAUCCUAAAGUUAAGAAGAUUGCAGUGAAUCCUUUUAGUCAUCACAUCUUUGUUGCCAUUGGAAAUGAGUAUGUCAGGAAUUAUACAGCUGGCGAGAAGGCCGUCAAAGAGCUAAAAGAAACAAUAAUUCCUCAAAAAUAUGAAAAAGAUAACGAUUUCACAGAUAUUAAGUUCUUCCCAGAUUCUCAUUCUUUUGUCUUAGUGUCUGCACAAAGGAAUAUCUUCAUCAUUGAAGGCAAAAGUGUUGUCUUUAUUCGUUAUGAGCAAAGUCCUAACCUCGCAGCUGAGCUCACCACCCAAGUGGAUAUUCUUGAAAUUGACAGUGAGAAGGCCAAUAAAGAAGUUGAGGCAGAAAUGGAAAUGCAGAGAUCAUUAUUUAACGAGUACAAGGACAAACCGAUGGACCUUAUAGUUGAAACUCAUAAAAAGGGAUUUGUUGUUGCUAACCAGACAAACUUUGGCUUCUUCAAUAUUUAUACUAAAAACAAGGAUAAUGAAGUUUCUUUAAUCCAGUCAUUCUGACUCUCUUUGAAAUGUCUUGGAAUAAACUCUAUUAGCAUUUCAUUUGAUAGAAGUUAUCUUGUUCUCUCAGCAAAGGUGCUAGAUCAAAACAUUGAAGAUCAGCUUGCAGAAAUGAAGAUAGUUGAUGAGGAGAAUAAAGUAAAGAGAUGUAGAACAGAACUUUACCAAUUCUGCCUCUCAGAUGCUUAUUCACUAAAGGAUCCUAACUUUAAGCCAAUUUUCAAAAAUGGUAAUCCUCUUGGGGCAAUCCUGGAUAUCUCGGUAUCUGUGUCAAAGAACUUGGUAUCGUCUGUUGGUGCUGACAAGUACCUCAGAAUAUUUGAAUACAGUGUUGAGAAUAAUAAAAUAUCAUCUCCAAUUAUUCCCAUUGACACUUUGGAUACAAAUUACAGGCAACUAUGCUGUUAUUAUAGUAAAGAAGUUCUACACAGUGUUUCUAUGCAUCCGAUGGGAUUUCAAGUAGCUGUCGGGACAAGAGAAGGAGUCAAAAUAUUCUACCUUAUUGAGGACGGUAUCAAACUGGCAGUUGAAAUACAUGGAAAAGUCUGAAAAUUUCUUAGAUAUUCUAACGGAGGACACUUCUUGGCAGCUGGAAAUGGCAAUAAUAUAACGAUCAUUGAUCCUUAUACCUUCCAGUCCCAGUUCACGUUGGUAGGACAUCCAAGUUCUGUGAGGUACCUAAAAUGGACUGAGAGCGAUUCUCAUCUUCUGAGUAAUUGUCAUCAUGGAACUUCCUAUGGCUGGUGUUCUGAUUUUGAGAUGUACAAAAAUAGAGGAAUGAAAAAUGAGAGAGGUGAACCUGAGCUCUUAGAGUUCAACAUCAAACAUACAACCCUUAAUUCCUAUGUCUAUGAUGAGGAAUAUGAUUUAGCUUGAUAUUGUACAUCAGAUUGUAAGAUGAAUAUCAUGAGCACUAAAUUUGGAUGCAAAUCGUAUUUAACAGUUGAAAACGAAGAGGAAAUCACAAGUCUAUGACUCGCCAAAAACCUUCAAGUUCUUUUUACUGGAACAGCUUUUGGUUCAAUAAAAGUGUUUUUGUGGCCAAUAAUGCUUGAGAAUGGUGAAGAUGGAGAAUUACCUGAGUGAGCUGAGUUUCACAUCCAUGCUUCAAGGAUCACAUCCUUAGAAAUAUCACAUGAUCAUAAAUUUUUAAUCUCAAGCUCAGAAGACGGUAGUAUCUUCUUCAAUAAAAUUUAUCAGUACACAAAUGGGGUUGAUUUUGAAUCAAACAUUGCUAACAUUCAAGAUGCGCAUCCUCUACAAAAGAGGCAGUAUUAUCAAGCUCAAAAGUGUAAAGUGCACCUGCACAUGAACAACCUCUCAUUGGUGUUUAAAUCAGCAUUGGAGCAGAAAUCUCAUCAAAUUCAGGAACUGAAAUAUAAAGCCGAAAAUUUGAAGGCGUACUACCAAGAAGAAAGAAACGCUGUUGCUAACAAAUAUGCAGAAGAGAUCAACAGCUUGAACGCUGAAGAAGUAAACAACUUUGAGAAGGAGAAGAUAGAGGCGAAGCAUAUGGAAGAACGAGAGGCCCUCAUUGCACAAAUUGCUGAAGCUCAGAAAAACCAUAAGGACCAAACCAACCAACUCAAUCUUGAUUAUGACAAUAAGCUCAAGAUUGCUUAUGAGCAACGUGACAAACUAGUUGAGGAAUACGAAAGAAUCACUAUUGAAUAUAAGAGAAGGCUUGAUGUUAUUCAACAAGAAAAUCAGAAAGCUCUCAAACAUAUAGAGAAGGAAUACAAAGAAAAAUAUGAAGAACUCCAAAAGAACCACAUCCGCUUGAUCAAUGACAAAAAGCGUGAUGGCGAAAAAUUCAACAUUGCUCUUGACCAAUGUGAAGAAGAUUAUGAGAAAGAAAUCCAGAAGAAAAAGCGAGAAUUUGAUGAAUUCAUGAAGAUGCUCACUGAAGAAACAGAUGAGCUCAAGGACACUAGAGAUGAAAAUAAGCGUGAAGCUGACAAAUUAGAGAAAAGAAUUAGAGAAUGCGAGAUCAAUAGGAAGAAGUACGAGCAAGAACAGAACAAUCUGAAGGAAACUAAGAAUAUUCAGGAAGAAGAGCUCAAUAAUGCUAAAGAUCAACUGAAAGAUAAGCAAUCUGUUAUUAAGAAUAAAGAGAAGGUUAUCAAGGAGCUUAAGAAUUAUAGUGAGCAUCUUGAGAACUUUAAAUUUGUGCUCAAUAGUAAGAUAAAUUCUCUCAAAAAUGAGAAAGCUCCAAUGGAAGAGCAAGUCAAAAUUCUUGAGGGACAUAUUAGAAGUAUCUACAAUGAGCUUGCUGAAGAGACCACGAAGAAUAAGAACUUAGGCAUAAAGCUAGAGGAGAGUAAAUAAGCAAUACGAGAAAAUGAGAAAAGAAACAUUGCGCGCUAAGGUAGACCUAGUCACGUUUACCAAGAGAAAGAUCCAGAUGAUGCAGUAUGACCUUCAGAAUGCAUUGAAAUCAAUGAAUCCAAAGGAGAUUUCGGAAGUUGUUCAGAAAUAUAACAAGCACUUUAAUGUCUCUGGAAUUGGUACAAACCUCACAAAAGGAGUCAUCAGUCGAAACAGAGAUGAUUCAGAAGAUAGUGAUGAGGAUAUUGUAAAGGAAGAACUGGUUAGGCAGAGGAACUGGCUUGAUAGUCAGCUUAAAAAUAUGAGCAAAUCCAAUAAAAAGUUAGAGAAUGAACGUAAAUAAGAUCCAAAAUGAUAACCUGGAGCUUAUCUAUGAAUGCAAUUCAUUAAGAAAACAAAAUGGAGAAAUUUCAAAGAAAGUCUUGGUCCUUGAAAAGAAAUUCAAAGACCUCUGCGGAAUAUCUGUGAAUAACUCAGAAAUGAUUGAUAGUCAAAUUGAGAACUUUCUAAAGAAGGCUUCAACUAUUAGCACGAAGCAUAAGGAAACUCCAUUUGUUACUAUGAAGAAGGAAAAGAAUAGCCACAAUAGGAGCAAUCUUUUGUCUACCUAUUAUGCACAAUACAGCAAACCCGGAAAGAUGGGUUCCAAAAACUAUUCUACAGAGAUUUCUAAUAAGAAGAUGAAGCAUUAUAAGUCUGGCAGAAGGAACCUCAAUAGUAUCUUCGGGGACCUCAAGCAUAACCAAGAUGCCCUUCAGAGCCAAAACCUUGAGCUAAGAAUCCUCCGUGACCAAGUCAGCACAUUCAUGAACGAAGCUACUGGAAGAGAGAACAAGAGAUCAUCCUCUCAGCCUCCACUGCCAGAUUUACCAAUCCUAAGAUCAGAUUCCAAAAACUUACUCUAACCCUCCCCUAAAUCUCACUAAAAUCCAUUCAAUCCACU